AAAAGCAAGUUAAUUCCCACUUCAAAAGAAAUAAUGUCUGUAAAUAGUUAUAAUACACAAGACUUGUUUUUACAAUUGCUAUACCUACAUAAACUUUUGAUUGAAUUUUUCAUAUAAUAUUCAUAUCAUUCUUUAUUAUCUUAAGUCCGGAACUUAUAAUUUAAAGGUUAUUAGGUUAUUAGAUUAUUAACAUGAGUGACUCUGAAAAGAUCGAAGCUACUGCCGAUGAAGGUUUAUUUGAGCACAGCUCUAAUUCAAGUUAUGGUGAAAAGAAACAUAAGAAUCCAUCUGAUUUAGAAUCUUUACAUUCAAAAAUUGCCGAGCCAGGUAAUGGUGAAAGAGGUAAUAUUUUAUCACAAUAUAGUGAGAAGCAAGUUAUGCAAAUGGGAAGAAAUUAUGCAUCUAAACAGGGUUUAGAUCCAGAAUUAUUUGCUAAAGCUGCUGCUAUUGCCAGAACUCCAACUGAAUUUAAUUCGAUGCCUUUCUUAACCGAAGAAGAAAAGAUUGGAUUGAAUAUGGAAGCUACUAAGAGAUGGCAUAUUCCUCUUAAAUUAGUUGGUGUUAUCGCAUUAGGUUCUAUGGCUGCAGCCGUUCAAGGUAUGGAUGAAUCUGUUAUUAAUGGUGCUACUUUAUUCUACCCUAAAGCCUUUGGAGUAACCAAGUUAAAAAACUCCGAUUUAAUCGAAGGUUUAGUUAAUGGUGCACCAUAUCUCUGUUGUGGUGUCAUUUCUUGUUGGUUAUCAGAUAUCUGUAAUAGAAAGCUUGGUAGAAAAUGGACUAUUUUUUGGACUUGUUUAAUUUCUGCCGUCACUUGUAUUUGGCAAGGUUUUGUUAAUACUUGGUGGCAUUUAUUUAUCGCUAGAUUUUUCCUCGGAUUUGGUAUUGGUAUUAAAUCUGCUACUGUUCCAGCCUAUGCUGCUGAAUGUACUCCUAAACAUAUUAGAGGUUCUUUAGUCAUGUUAUGGCAAUUCUUCACUGCUGUUGGUAUUAUGUUUGGUUAUGUAACUACAUUGGCUUUUUACUAUGUUCCUGAUAAAUCUUUUGGAACUGGAUUGAAUUGGAGAUUAAUGCUUGGUUCUGCCUGUAUUCCAGCUAUUUUUGUCUUAGUUCAAGUUCCAUUCGUUCCAGAAUCUCCAAGAUGGCUUAUGGGUCAAGAAAGACAUAGGGAAGCUUUUGAAUCAUUGAAAGUUUUACGUAAUGAAGAGAUUGCAGCUGCAAGAGAUUGCUUUUAUCAACAUGUUUUAUUACAAGAAGAAGGUUCUUAUAAAAUUCCAACUUGGAAGAGAGCUAUUGAAAUGUUCACUGUCAGAAGAAAUAGAAAUGGUGCUCUUGGUGCCUGGAUUGUUAUGUUCAUGCAACAAUUCUGUGGUAUUAAUGUUAUUGCAUACUAUUCUUCAUCUAUUUUCAUUGCUUCUGGAUUUUCAGAAGUAUCUGCAUUAUUAGCUUCUUGGGGUUUUGGUAUGAUCAAUUUCACCUUUGCUAUUCCAGCUUUCUUAACUAUUGAUAAAUUUGGUAGAAGAACAUUAUUAUUAUUCACUUUCCCAUUAAUGGCUAUUUUCUUAUUAGUUGCUGGUUUCGGCUUCCUUAUUAAUCAAGAAACUAAUAAAGAAGGUAGAUUAGGUAUGAUCAUUAUUGGUGUAUACUUAUUCUCAUGUGUUUAUUCUUCUGGUGAAGGUCCUGUUCCUUUCACUUAUUCUGCUGAAGCUUUCCCAUUAUAUAUCAGAGAUAUUGGUAUGAGUUUUGCUACAGCUACUUGUUGGUUCUUUAAUUUCAUUUUAGCAUUUACUUGGCCAAGAUUAUUGAAUGCAUUUACUGCUACAGGUGCUUUUGGAUUUUAUGCAGCUUGGAAUAUUGUUGGAUUCUUCUUAGUUCUUUGGUUCUUACCUGAAACCAAGGGCUUAACAUUAGAAGAAUUAGAUGAAGUAUUUGCAGUCUCUGCAACUAAGCAUGCCAAAUAUCAAACUAGAGCUCUUUGGAAUAAUUUCCAAAUAUAUAUUCUCCGUCGUAACGUUGCUCCAUUACCUCCAUUAUACGAACAUCAAAGAUUAGCAGUUACUAAUCCUGAAUGGAAUGAGAAGACUGAAGUUUCUCACAUAGAGUAAUUUUAGACUUGAAUCAGUUGUAUAUUCUGGGAAUAUCAAUAAAUUUAUUAUGUACUACUUAAUUUAUAAUGCUUAAAAUUUUCUAAAUGUUAUGUCAUAACUUUUAAUACUAAUUCAGUUCUUGUGUUUAAAUUUCCAUGUAGUAAUGUUGCUAAUU